AUGUGGCACAAGAACUGUGUCGUUACUCUUGGGAAAAAACAUAUGCUUAUCUACAACGGAAGAGGAGUUUCAGUUGCGGCUGUCCCAGAAAUCUUUUUUUUUCUGGAUAAACGACUAAACAGUUCUUCAAUUUUGAAACGAAAUGAUUUUAUCGGAGUUCCGAAACCUCAGAUUGGAGAGAGAAAGUCAGAAAACAUGCCUGCCUUUUUAGUGCACCAGUUAUCCUUGAAUUUUCGAAUUAAAAGUAGCGAUUUUGUCGAUGGUGUUCUACUUCCUUUAGAAAGAGCAGAUUCUAAAGUUUUGAAAUUUAUGAACGCAUCAGAAGGGUGCGUUAUUCCCACUUUGAUUCAAAUGUGUGGGAGAGCAAUGUCAGAUAUCUCAAGCAACGAUAGGCUGUACGUGCUCAAUCGAUUUUGGAAAGCACUUUUGAAACAAAUUUUUUUGGAAAAUGAGUUUGGGUUUAACGUCUGGUCUGUGUUUCCUGAGUUGGAACGGAAAUAUGCUUUAGUAUCAGAUGCACACACAUUUUCUCUUCUUUUAUCCCGAUCAGCAAGUAUUGCUGAUGUCAAAUCUUUAAGGAAACUGUCUUUGAUAGCAGCAAAAAAUGGAAUUGUCGUGGGUUCGUCGUUAAAUUAUGCGCUUAUACGGUCGUACUCUCUCUUAGGAAACUACCAUAAGAGUACAGUAGAGAAAUAUGGAGGUGGCACUCGAGAUCGUUGCCUUUACGAAUAUGCUGUAGGCACAGCUGAGAGACGUGACAUCAGAAAACUCGAAGAGGUCAUGACUAAAUCGGUGGAGGCAAUUUCGCUGAAUGAUGAGAAAGAGCUGAAGGUGUCUUGUAUUCCUUACAGCGAUAUCUUUGAAAUCAUUUGGGUGCUUUCCAAGAGUAGUGUUGACAAAGAAGGCUUUGAGUUUACAAAUCUUUAUUCUGAGCUGCUCAAAUGUGCUUCUCGGCAGAGUGGCUUUUUCAAGUAUUUCAUUCGCGAACUUGACAGGCACAUCUUGCAUCGUCGGUACGGAUCUGCAUUGUUUUUGCUCAAGGAAAUCGUAAAUGUGCAGGACUUUAUGGAUGCACAGAAUAAAAAAUCAGUACAGGCAGAAAUAGUCGGACGCUUUGCUCACACCAUGGCAGUUAACAGAGAACCAGUGAAAAAAAUGCUUAGUGUCAUAGAUACUUUUGACAGAAUUUUACCUGAAAGGAUUAGGUGCAAAGACUUUUUUCUACUCAGCACCCUCACAUACAGAAAAACUACCGUUGCUGAAAAACAGGAAUAUUUUGUUGCCUUAAUUAAUGAAGUAGAUCCUCAUCGUGAACGUGUUCAUCUUAUUAUGCCACUUUUGGUUUGUGUUUUCUUUUUUUGUCCAGAUGACGACGGGAUAAAGGGCAGUUUUAAGGCUUCUACCCUUAUAGUUAUUUUCACUGUCAAUGUUAUGAACGAACCUUUGUAUUCUGGCGGUUUCUUGCUUGUCAUCUGUUCUAAUUUGUCAGAGAGGCUGAAAUUGCUCAAAAGAUGUGCUUCUCUUGGAUACACCGAUAUUGCAAUUUGGUUCCGGGGAGAAAAGGUCGCUAGUGCAACACAAAUUUUGGACUCAUUAUUCGCUGUUCUUCAAGGGUGUGGGUUUGAAGCCAGGAAAGUGUGGAAGGUUAUGUUUCGUUGGUGUUACCCUCGCGGAGGUUUUAACAAUCUCGUUCCUGAGGGUGAAUUUGAAAUGUGGCUGAAGAACCGUUACAGAAUUUUAUUUCCAGAAUAUAUCGCUGAUAGUCAAAAGGUUUCAUCUAGUGGCUGUUUAGCAGCACCUGUUAAAGAAAAAACAGUUGAUCUCCUAGGCGGCGAUGGCUUCUGCUCCCAAAUCUGGGUUGAAAGUGGCUCAGAUAAUGCGUUUAAUUCGCUUUUUGAAACUAAAACUUAUAGUGCUUUAGUUGAAGUGCUACAAAAGUGGCCGAGUGGAACUGACGGAACUCACCCGGUGGUGAAGAACUUCCACCUGAUACAGUUGUUGCGAAAGAAGCUUUUAGAGCAGAGGAAGAUUAAAGGUGUUACUCUCGCUGACGUCCAGUACCUAAAAUCACUUUUUCGACAUGCAGCAUAUGAGCCGGAAAAUGCGAAACAAACCACGAACGCUGCUAAGGAUUUUAUUUCUUCGUACUUUUCUCUUGAAUCGCCUGUAAAUGCGGAGGUCUUUUAUUACCUCAUAAUGCUUUUAAAGGAGAUGGUGAAAGUGGAAUUUCUCCAGCUAAAUCGUGAUGAAAUUAUAACUAUCUUUUUAAUUCGUCAAAUGGUUCAAAGAACCGGAUGGAGUCAGAGUACUGAAGCUUGGUUACAUUGUUGUGCAGAACUGGAUUGCUUGAAUGCUGUUUAUCCUCUACUGAAACAUUAUUUUGCAUUGGAUGAUCAACGAACCGCGGAAUUCAUCAUUCACAGAGCUCAGAACUUUUGUUCAUUGAGCGAAAUAGGAGCAGUUCAGGCUAUUGUGCGCGUAGAACUCAGACAACUAAGGCGUGCUGAAGAAAUACUCGUUACUUUUGAUAACGUUAUUGCUGAAUUAAAUCAUAUUUGUCUUCAGAGCAAGACAACUGCUGCUGACGCUCUAUGGUCUUUAAAGUUGCUUAAUUCUGUUUCUGUUCCCAAUUCUGAGAAACUGGAAUCUAACUUACAGUUGACGAGAAUGUUUUUACAGUUUGUUGACUUUUAUCCUCGUAGUUCCCUUCUGCGAACAUUACAAGCUGAAGUUAUCAGUCUUUGCGUGGCUCUUAAUGCGGCAAAAGAAGCUUUACAACUGUAUUCGCUUUUUAGCCUCUUCAAGCGAAAUCUUUCUGCGAAGGAUCUUCGGAGAGUAUUGCUUUUGACUGGACGACAUGGAAGUGCAAUGAGCAAUUGGAUGCGCUCAGCUAAGCGUCGUGCGGAACAGGAUUUAAAGUCGUAUCCCGCUUUUGUAGAAUAG